AUGAGCACAGAGAGCAACACAAUUGAGCUGAAAAUCGAUAAACAAUUUUUGACCGCGCAAAAAUUUCCCUAUUUUUCGAAACCCCAAAUAAUUGGCGAGUAUUUUGUGAACAAAGAUAGGUGAGUGAGGAAAUUCUGCGAAAUUAGUGCCACGUGGCAAAAUUUGGCGCCAAAAUUUGAAAAAUUCAUGAUUUUCUGAUGAAAAAACCGGAAAUUUCAAGGUUUUUAACCUGAAAAUUUCGAUUUUUGAGUUUAAUAUGAGCAAUGCUUGGAUUUUCUGAAGAAAUUCUGAAUUUUUUGAGUUUAAUAUGAGCAAUGCUUGGAUUUUCAUGAAGAAAUUUGAAUUUUUUUCGUAAAUUUCAGAUUUUAAUAUGAGCAAUGCUGGAAAAUAUUGUGCCACAUGGAAAAUUUUACAAAUUUUCAUUCCAGAUCAAUUCAAAUCGGUCGAAUGGCGGCGAAAAAUCUCAACGACACUCCGCUGCGGAAUCCGCGCGGCGUUUCCGCGCCCAACUUCGAUCUCGACGCGGGAUUUUCCGCAUUCGACCCCAAAGAUCCAGGGGAACGUCUCGAAAUCCUCCAAAAAUGGUGUGAAAAAAUGGCGCCGGCAGGCGGAAGGUUGCGGAAACUUCUCCACGGUGCGGAAUUUUUCACGUGGCGCGGAUUGCUCACCAAAAUCGGUGCCGCCGUCUACGCGGCAAGCGGUGACACGUGGCGUUUCCGCGCGUUCCGCAUUCAUGGCGUCGUUUUUAUGUGCGAAGAGGAGACGGAAGACAAGACGCGGAAAAUGGAGGCGCAGACGGACAGGGAAAAACAUAUGACGUAUUGGGGACACAAAUUUGAGCAGUAUAUGACGUUGGAUGAUGGAAUGGUGAGCGAAAACUACGACGCUCCGCGUUUACGCGGUGAUUUUUGAGUGAUUUUGAUGAAAACUACGAUGCUCCGCGUUUACGCGGUGAUUUUCUCUCAAUUUUGAUGAAAACUACGACGCUCCGCGUUUACGCGGUGAUUUUUGACUGAUUUUAAGGAAAACUACGAUGCUCCGCGUUUACGCGGUGAUUUUUGAGUGAUUUUGGGGCGAAAACUACGAUGCUCCGCGUUUACGCGGUGAUUUUCUCUCAAUUUUGAUGAAAACUACGACGCUCCGCGUUUACGCGGUGAUUUUUGACUGAUUUUAAGGAAAACUACGAUGCUCCGCGUUUACGCUGUUUAUUUUGAACGUGAAACGAAACUAUAGUCUAGUCUGAACUCUAGUUUGCCUUCAUCUAGUCUAGUUUGAACUUAAAAACAUUUGAAAUGUUCCUAAACUACACUCUAGUCAAAAAAAUCCUUAUCAAAUUCAUUUUUUGAUGAUAAUUUUCAUUGCUCAUGCUUAUUUAUAGCAAAAAAUUAACGAUACUCCGCCUUUACACCGUCUCAAAUUGUAGACAAAAACUACAACACUCCGCCUUUACACCCCCAAUUUUCCAGGACCUUCCCGAUACAACUCAACCAGUUUCAACACGCGAAGAAUUCGCCACCGUCAUCCGAACCACCCUGGAAUGUUCUCAAUCCAAUCGUCGUCAACCUCUCGAACUCUUCUACUCAGCCGAAAUCGAUUGUUUGGAUCGAGAUGGCAAAUAUGUGGAACUCAAAACCAACAAAGGCGAUUUACGUGGAUGGUUUUGGACGGCUGGUGCAAAAAGUCUGAAGUGGUGGUUGCAGAGUUUUUUGGUGGCUAUCGAUUAUUUAGUGGUCGGACAUCGAGAUGAUCACGGAAUUGUGACGAGGGUGAGCAAAAACUACGACACUCCACAUUUACACGUGGAUUUUUGUGUGUGUUUUUGGCGGGAAUUUUAAAAAAAUUUGAAAUUCGAAAAAAAACAACGAUACUCCGCUUUUACACGUGGAUUUUUGGGUGUGUUUUUGGCGGGAAUUUUAAAAAUUUCAAAAUUCGCAGGUCUCCUCAAUUCAAACCGCCCAACUCCAAAAACAAUCACAAUGGUACGGUGGAGCCGCAAUUCGACUGAUCUCUCAAGUUCUCACACAACUCUCCGAUUUUUUGCCCAACGAAAAUCAGGCAUGUGUUGUGGAAUUUGGUGGUGGUGAUGGUGAAAAUACGAUUCGAUUCUCAAGAUGUUCGGAAGAUUUGUGUGAUUUUGUACCUGAAGAGUUUAGAAGAAAGUUUUGGUGA